AGAAUCAAGUUAAUAAUCCACAAUGAAAUCUUUCCUAAACAAACUCUCUUUAUUCAAAAAGCAACUCAAUAAAUAUAGUGCAAGUGACACAAAAAUGGUAAUUUUAGUACGUACUGAUAUCCAAAUGGGAAAAGGUAAAAUCGCUAGUCAAUGUGCCCAUGCUGCAGUGUGCUUAUAUAAAUCAGCAAGUGAAUCAGGUCCACAAAACGUUGAAUCUUGGAUAUUCUCAGGACAACCAAAAAUCAUUUUAAAAGUAAACGAAAAUAGUGAAGACAGGAUUCUAGAGGUUUAUAAAAAAGCUAAAAAACGCGGUUUAAAUGCUUGUUUAAUUUAUGAUGGUGGUCGAACUCAAGUUAAAGGGGGGACUUUGACUUGUUUAGGAAUAGGACCAAGUUGUACUAAAGAAAUUGAUGACUUAACUAAUUGUUUUAAGUUGUUAUAAAUGUUAGAAUUGUUUCAAAAAUGAAUUAAUAAAUAAAACAAUAUAGAGAGAG